AUGGACGAAGUUAUGAUGCAUUCACCAGUCAGCCCGACGAAAGCCAGCAAUAUUAACGAAUUACCUAUCGACCUCUUCGAACAUAUCCUAUCGUUUUUAGCAAGUGAUACGAGAAAUUUGUUACCAAUACUGACAGUCUCAAAAUCAUGGCACUGUGUCUCCCUCCCGAUAUUUACCAAAUCCCUCCGUUUCGUGUCCGUCAGACAGCGUCAACGCUUCCAAACCCUCCUAAAACCACCUCUCCAGCCUGAAAACCCGUCUACUCCAACAACCACAAGCAACGAUGACUCGGAAUGGGUUGUACGUGCUCGUCGUGGAUCGUCUGAAUCUCUCCAGACAAACAGCAAUGGAAAUAGCGUAUUUGAGCCCUUGAGUAUCCAUACGACGCAUCUCGAUAUGGGAUUGAACCCACUGCCAAAAAAAUUCACGUCGGAUGUGGAUGUCGCUUUGCCAAGUCCGAGUCCGGUUGUUACGAGUCCUGAGGGACUAAGUGAGAGAAGUUAUGGAAAAAGUUGGGAGAGUCGGUUUAUUAGUCCGUUUUUGGAUUUGGUGUCUGAGAGGUGUCGGAAUUUGCAAGAACUCAAUCUCGGAGGAACAGUCUUUUAUGAUCAAGCAAUCUCUGAAGUCCUCCGCUCAUGCCCCAACCUGCAAAAACUCGAACUAGGAUGCUCAUCCAUAAAACAAGCGGGCUUGCUCUCCAUAACUGAAUGCGGCAAGAACCUGAGAUACUUGGGUUUGACGGGCCUUUUCCGAUUCAGGAGAUUACAUCAAGAUGUGUUUGUCGAGAUUGUUGAAGGUUGUGUGAAUCUGAGAUGUGUUGUUAUAAGAGAGUGUCCUGAUUUGGAUGCUGAGGUUGUUGCGAGGGUGCAGAAGGAGAGGCCGUGGUUGAGGAUUGUUACAUGA